AGGAACCAGGUUGAUGUGAACUUCUAGCUUGGCCUACAAAAAUACAUCAUCACUGCAGCGCUCUAUUCAUCUCCAUGGCAUGUUGCUCGGCUGGUGGAAAUUAAUCUCGGAGACGACCAGGGAUGCCAUCUCUGUAAGAGUCAUGCAGGUCACAUGGUCAGGCACCACAGUCCUCAUCAUUUUCACCUUGCUGCAGUUUGUCCAGUCGGAGCUGUUGGAGGGUCCUGUGGUUCCAGACACGGGGACUCAGGAGGGGACUAGCAAUAGGGCCACAGAAGCCCCCACUGCAGAACAUGAUGAUGACAACUCUCUGGGCUACACAGGAUCCCGUCUGCGUCAGGAAGACUCCGCACCCCGCAUUGUGGAACACCCCUCCGAUCUGAUCGUAUCCAAAGGUGAACCCGCCACCCUAAACUGCAAGGCUGAAGGGAAGCCCAACCCGACCGUGGAGUGGUACAAGGAUGGAGAGCGCGUGGAAACGGACCGGGACAACCCUCGAUCCCACCGUAUGCUCCUGCCGAGUGGUUCCCUCUUCUUUCUGCGUAUCGUACACGGGCGUCGCAGCAAACCUGACGAAGGCUCCUACGUUUGCGUGGCCCGUAACUACCUGGGAGAAGCGGUUAGCCACAACGCCUCACUGGAAGUAGCUAGUUGGGCUUUGCCAACAUUGUGGUGGCCAAAUGUUCCCACAGGAGUAGUAAAACCUGAAAUCACCUACAUUACAGAACAGACCAACAGUUCCCAUGUGGAAAAUGGCUGA